GUAAUUAUUGGUCAUGAAUUGGUGAGAAAAGAAGAUUUAUUUAAUGUUCCUUGUCCAUUUUCGUUGUUGGAAUUUAUACUGUGCAUUUAUGCUCAGAUCUAAAAUCGUGGCUAUUACAAGACGUCAUAAAAAAAUAUAUUAAAUUACCAUAUGAAAAAGACAAAUAUGCAGUUUUUCCACUGAUACACAUGAUGUAAUAUGUAUCUUGAUACAAACAGAAUGGCCCAGAAAUUUUAUGCAGUCGUUGAAUUUGAAGAUGGACUUCAAGUGGUUCCAAGUACAUAAUUGGUUAGACAUAAAUGUGAAAGCCGUCAUAAAAGCCGUGUGGCCACAUUUCCUUAGCGAUAGCAGAUAUUACAAAGCCGUAAAAUGUAUGGAGAUACCGGAAUCAACUUGGAAACAAUAUACCGUUUUAAAAAUCUAUUGGACAUAUCAAAAUUAUGAAGUCGCAAGAAGAAAAUUGAGACAAGCUGAGGAAAUAUCCGAUCUUAACACUUCUGGUACGGAACAAGAAGAAGUACAGAAAAAGUCUAGGAAAAUCAGAGCUGCUAGAGACUUGGACGUACGAGGGGCACUACUUAUAUUUUGA